GCUGCUGAGCACGCGAUGCGCAUGCGCAGGCUGUUGUGUUUCAUGGGAUCUGGGAUCUGUCGGGAAUUCCCCUGGACUCUCCAGCUCCUGCCAAACAGCCUUAUCUGGAAGUAGCACGGCCAACUUAAUCAUCUCCUCGGCUCUAUGACUGAGCUGAGAAGCUAAAAUGAGUAAGAAACUGAGUUGAGUGGCUAGCACAGCAGCGCUUUGCGCUGUUGUUCGGUGUUUUAGACGAUAAAAGGAUCGUUCCGACUAGGAUAACACCUAAAGCAAUUCCGACUCUUGCUAGGCUAGCGAAACUCAACUCAACCCAUUAUCUAGCCACGCUAAAUUGCUAAGAAGGUGGACAAUUUAAUCUACAGACAGGUCGUCUUUUGUGUAAGAAACAUUCUAAAUGGCGGGGAUACAGCGGCACUCGGUGGAGAAUUCCCACUGCGAUUCGAGAAACAAAUAUCCUCGGCCUGUGGUCGGCUGCGAGCUGAAACUUAGCAGCCCCGACGCAGCGCCUGAUGACUGGUGCGACAGCGGACUGGACUCUAUCAGUGGCGUUGGCCUCAGUAUCGAUGGCCCUUAUGACAUCGAGUUGCCAGAAACCUGGAGCAGCACUCGGCCAAAGGACUAUUCUCCGUCAUUGGGUCAUUCUGAGGACCGUCCAGAGGACUGCACGUCCGUGGAGCCAGGCGAGAGACUGGACUCUGCCAUCGGUGACUCGAUAACAGAUGAGACUGUAGGAAGCCUGUCUCAGGGUCUUGGGACUCUUAUACUGGCCGAACAGGCUGCGGGUGACACCGUCAGCAACGGACGGAGUGAGUGGGUUGCGGUGGUCAGUCCGGAGGAGGAACGGCAGAGAAGAGAGGAGUUGUUCAACACUCUAAACUUUUUAUCCGAAGACGGAGACACGGCCCUGCACCUGGCGCUAAUCCACGAGCACAGGGCUUUCGUGCAGUAUCUGCUGGGGGUCAUCGCUCUGGAGUCCAGCUGGACUCCUUACCUGGACAUCCAGAAUCACCUGGGCCAGACGGCGUUACACCUGUCGGUGAUAGUGGACCAGCCGGAGUGUGUGCGCGGCCUCGUGUGUGGGGGUGCGAACGCUGAGCUGCAGGAGCGGGGGGGCAACACGCCGCUGCAUCUGGCCGUGAGGGAGCUCCGGAUGCAGUGUGUGAGAGAGCUCACGUCCUGCCCGCGCCUCACCUCCGAACACCUCACAGUCACCAACUACUCAGGAGUGAGUGCUCUACAUUUGGCGGUGCAGAAAGGGAGAGGUGACAUCAUCAGCAUGUUGCUAAGCGCAGGAGCGGACGUCAACCAGAGGGACCUGGGUUCUGGCCGCUCUCCCCUGCAUUGGGCAGUAGAGGCCCAGAGUGCUCAGCUGGUGGCGCUGUUGCUGAGUGCGGGAGCAGCAGUGGACCAGCGCUCCUACGCUGGCCACACUGCGCUCUACUGCGCUCUCCACAGGCCAAACCGAGAAGUGCAGGCCCUGCUGCGCGCAGGUGGGGCAGUGGACACUCACAUGCAGGAGGAAGACGAGGAGGAGGAAGAGGAGGAAGAGCAGGAGAGUGAGGAGGAGUUUGAUGACCUUCUCAUCAACGGACAGCGCGUGAUGUAAAUGUUGGAGGACGCAAGUGUUUUUUUCGGUGUGUGGUUGGCCCGGAAACAAGCGUUUUUAGAAAGGAGGCCGCUCGUGACCGCCAGUGAUCUAACACCAUGAAUGGGACUGUGAGAGUUGGGUCAUAUGUAUGUUGUGAAGUCGCUUGACUUAUCAUGUAAUGCUGUAGCAGCUGGAGGCUAGCCGAGCUCAGUAAGCUAAAACACAACCCCAGUCGCACCUUGCCCUGGAACAGGCCUGGGCCGAAUCUGGGCCGGAUCUGGGCCUAGUCUGUUCCAGAGGCUAAAGAGAACUGGGGAUGGAAGUCAUUUCUGUCUAUGGGGGGGGGGAGGGGGGACUUUGUCUUGGACGUUUUGUUUUGUUGCUGGUGGAACACAGGCUGAAACUAACUGCUGAACAGAUCAACAAGAUGCAUGCGAGAUGGAAGAGCAUUUGGUGUGCACUUUUUUUUUUCUCUCUCUCUCUCUCUGUGGCACUAGAAUCUGUCUUGGUUCAGGUGAAUCUCACUGGUGCCAUUCAACUUUUACUGUUCAUCAUUUUUAACUAUGUUGGGUUUUGCUUUUAUUUGUGAAUUUUAUUCUCAAAAGUAAACAUUUUGUCUGGUGAUGGGAUUUCAAAAGUUAGGAGAAAAUGUAAGAUUGAGGAAAUUGUAGUUGUCAUGGCAAAAAUGACAGAAGUUCCCUCAACCUGUUUCAGGUACCGUAGAGCAAUUAUUGUACUUGUGUUCUAGUCUCUGAAAGGAAAACUCCAUAUUCCCAUUAGUUUCCUAUUUCACCUUAGGUACAGUAGAACAUCCAGUUUACCUUCAUAGUUUAUGAUACCAAAGUGGAACAGUUACGCAGCUAUUUGAAUGCAGACUGAAAGCAUCUCACACCUGCCCCAAUCCGUCUCAGAUGAGCCCAUUCAGAAGUAGUUCACAUGAUGACACAGUCCAACUCUGGCUUAUAUGCUCACAACUGUAGAGGCAGUCUCAUUAUACUGCACGAUGCUGUGUGUGCACAAAUGGUACAAACGGUAAUGGAGAAAAGUCAAUUUCACAUAUCUGACAAAACACUGGAUGAUCACCUUCAUCUGGAAUGAAUGGCAAGAUAAGGGUCAGUCUUAUCAAUGUUCAAUCAUUUAGCAAUAUUCUUUCAAGCAUUUGGUUCGUUUUUGGGAAAAGAGGGCAUAGUAUAUAGACCAGUGGUGGGACUAGGUGUGUGAACGACUAAGAAACACUUAUGGUACUUAUCAUUUCUCAUUGUUUUCUUUUCUGAAGAUGUGGAAGCCAGGGAAGGUGUUUUUGUUUUUGUUCAUGUGGGGCCUUGAAGAAUAAACAAGACUUGCUGAGCACAACACUCUCUACGUCACAUGACUAGGAGUGGAGGGAGACUCAAACUAACCUGUCUAAAUCAGCGGUGUCUCUCUCGCUCGUUUGCUCUCCGCUCUCUCGCUCCCAAGUGUACAGUAUUUCAGUAACAAACCUACAAAGGCAAAUGGGUCGUUACAUUACAUUAACACAUACCCUUUGAUAGGUAUUAUUGUGUAUAUAUCCUUAAUAAUUUAAAUGAAAAAGUUGUGGGUGAGGUGCUGUGUGUGUGUGUGUGUCUGUCUCUCUCUCUCUGUGUGUGUGUGUGUGUGUGUGUGUGUGUGUGUAAGCCAGCAGGUGUAGAUGCAUGUUUAAUCCUCCAGUGGGUGAUCUGUAUUUAAGCUUUACAUGUUGUGCAGAAGCAGCCACAUUUCCUUUCAUAUAGAGUCAGCUGGGUGCAGUCUGUCCUUACUGCUAUUGUGAUAUCUCUGAACCUGUGUCACAGGGCUACCAAUUAAAGUGAAAGCUCACCCAAA